CCAUGACGGAUGUACCCAGAAUUGCUGAUCUUGCCUCGGUUAUUGAACCCCAUUUAAAUGGCGGCAAAUUGGUCUCGUACACAAGUCGUUAUCUCACCAAGCCGGGUGAAAAUUAUGGCAGUGUAAUGUUGGCCAUAACGGCGAACAUUGAAAAACCCUCAGGUGGAACUGAAGAUAUUCCGCUGAUUGCCAAAUUACCACCCAUUACAAAUGAUUUAUUUUGGCAAUUAUUUCAACCGGAACGUACCUGCCUGACGGAAAAUGCUGUCUACCAAUAUUUGAGUAAGGCGGUACGGGAUGUACAAUUGGAGGCUGGUAUGGCGGAAAAUGAUAUUUUCAAAGGAUUUCCUAAAUAUUAUGGUAGUCGAAUUUCUUUAAAUCCUGAGGCGGAAAAGGUGGAUCGUGAUGCCGUGCUACUGCAAGAGAAUUUACAAACAUCCGGUUAUAAGGCUGGUAAUCGUCAUGUUCCGUUUAAUUUGCAACAGACGAAGUGUAUUUUAUUGGAAUUGGCCAAAUAUCAUGCUCUGCCGAUAGCCUUGAGGCUCAAGAAACCGGAAUAUUUUGAUAAAUAUAUAAGGCCAUAUUUUCGUCGAUUUAAUAUGAAUAAUAUGCCCGAGGAGGUUAAGCAGCAGAUGGAUGGGGAUCUCAUCAAGGAAAUUUCUUUGGCCACCAACAACAAUGAAAACUACAUCAAUCGUUUUAAGGAAUUAAUGGAGGAAUAUGAUGAAUUCCUGACCCAACCUGAUGCGGAGGAUGAUCUCUACACCACCAUUGUACAUUGCGAUUUGUGGAUUAAUAAUUUAAUGUUGAAAUAUGAUGAAAAUGGCUUUCCGGAAAAAGUGAAAUUUGUUGAUUUCCAAAUUGCCCAAUAUGAAAGUUUGGCCCAUGAUAUUAUUUUCUUCCUGUUUUCGAGUGUAGAGGUCCCUGUAUUGGAGCAGCAUAUGGAUGAAUUUUUAAUAAUGUAUUAUAAUGCAUUUAUUGAGUGUUUGAAGUCCUUGAAUGUAGAGACGGAUAAAUAUUCAUUAUUGGGCUUCAUGAAGGAAAUCCAUCGAGGUGCUCCCAUUGAAAUCUGCCAUGCCACAUUUAUGACAAAAAUUAUUUUGGCCGAUAACAGUACCCUGCCGGAUGACUACAAAGACAUGAACAUGGAAGUGAUUGGUAAAAAUGUGGGCGGCAAAAAAAUCAAAGAGAAAAUUACACAAAUUAUACGUUUGGCGGAAAAGUUUAAACUUUUGUACAAGGAAUAG